UUUAUUGUGAAGUCCAGGCAGAAGUCAGUGCGGCUCCAUGUUUACGGAAACCAGGUCGGAGGCUCCUCCAUGGAUUUAAGCUGCUCUGUUCGUGCGCUCUCACGUUAAUAUUUAAAGUGUUUUGUUUUAAUUAUUUUCGCCGUGUUAGUCCCUGUUGUAGACAGGUUUAGUCUCCAUCAUGUGGGACCAUGAAAUCAGAGCCAUGGCCUCCUCGCACGCCAUCAUCGCCGCCUCUGUCUUCAUGGCGACCGUUUUACCUGCGGUGCUGCUGCCGGGCUUCUCGGUCUACGGCUCACACCUGCUGUGGCUCUACUCGGUGUCCGGAGCCGUGACUGCGGUCAGUGUCGCCGUCUUCUGGCUGCUCGGCAUCACACCGCCCACCAAGAAGCACACGCUGGGAUACAAGCUGUCCAGGUUGUUUCGUUCCUGCCUGUAUUUCUUCCUGUCUUGCCUGUUUUUCCACACCGUGGUUGUUCUAUAUGGAGCGCCGCUGAUUGAAUCUGCUUUAGAGACGUUCUCUCUCGCUGUGCUGCUCACCUCACUAACCACACUGAGGUGUCUGUGCGUCCUCGGGCCCAACGUCCAGGCCUGGAUACGUGUGUUCAGUCGUCAUGGAGCUAUGUCUGUGUGGGACACCUGUCUGCAGAUUACAGUGGCCUGCACAGUGGUAGGAGCCUGGGUGGGAGCAUUUCCAAUACCUCUGGACUGGGACAGGCCUUGGCAGGUUUGGCCCAUUUCCUGCAGUCUGGGCGCCAUGAUUGGUUUCCUGACCGGACUUGUUGCAGCUCCCGCGUGGAUCCACUACCACCGCAAGCAGCUCACGUACAAGUGCAAGUGAUAGACGGACACGCGUUUCCAUGCAGUUUCCUUCCGUUUUUACUGACUAUUUAUUGGGAGCAGUCAUUCUUUUUGCAGCCUGUUGGAGCGUGAGACGAUUUUGUAAAGAUAUAAUUUUGUACGCAUGAAGGCUGGGUAUUUUUUGACAUGAAUAAAACAUUACUUCACUGACA